UAUAGAAUUAGUGAUGCUGCAGAAAUGGAAGAUGUUUAAUCCAACCACAGUCCGCCACUCAAAAAACCGUUACAAAACUCUUCUUACCGCUACUCUCCAUUCAAGAUUCAUCUCUAAUGAAAUUGCCCACAACUUGUUCGACGAAAUUCCCCACAGGACUCUGCAUGCCAAUAACCGCAUCCUCAAAAGCUACUGCAGAGACAAAAGGUACAAAGAAGCGCUGUCUCUGUUUUCCCGCCUCUCCUCAUCGGAAAAACCCGAUCUUUACUCGAUUCCCACAGCUCUCAAGGCGUGCGCCGCGCUAAAAGCGCUCGGCUUUGGGAAGGCGAUACACAGCUUUUCCAAGAAGGAUGGUCAAAUCGGCAGCAACUUGUUUGUGGGGUCGGCUUUGAUAGACAUGUACGCGAAAUGUGGAGCGAUGGAUGAGUCAUUGCGCGUGUUUGAGGAGUAUCCUGAGCCGGAUACGGUCUUGUGGACCACGGUUGUCACGGGGUUUGAGCACAACGGGCGGAGUUUGGAUGCGUUGGGGUUUUUUUCUCGAAUGUCGAUGGCGGAAGGUGUUGUGAUUGAUCCGGUUGCUCUUGUUAGUGUUGUGUCUGCUUGUGUCCAGUUGUUGGAGUUGAAGGUGGGGAGGAGUGUCCAUGGUUAUGUGAUUAGGAUGGGAUUGGGAAACGGCUUACCUUUGUCGAACGCGUUGCUGAAUUUGUAUGGAAAGACAGGUUUGGUUAAUUAUGCAUCGAGAUUGUUUGAGGGAAUGGAGGAGAAGGAUGUGAUUUCGUGGGGUUCGAUGAUUGCUUGCUAUGCUCAUCACGGUGGUGCGAAAGAAGCGCUUGCUCUUUUCAAAGAUAUGAUCUUUAGAGGAAUCGAGGCGAAUGCAGUUGCUUUGAUCAGUGUUUUGCAAGCGUGUGAAGCUGCGUGUAGUUUAGACGAGGGGAAAAGGAUACACGAACUUGCUGCAAGAAGCGGAUUGGAUGCGGAUGUUUUAGUCUCCACAGCUCUGAUUGCUAUGUACAUGAGCUGCUCUGCCCCAGAUGAAGCGGCUGAGGUGUUCAAACGAAUGCCUGAGAAAGACGCGGUCUCAUUCUCAGCAAUGCUGCGCGGAUGUGUUGAAAAUGAGAGGGCGUGGGAGUCUAUUGGAGUUCUACGCGCUAUGUUGGCUAGUGAUUUUCGGCCGGAUGCUUAUGACUUGGUUAAAAUCUUGACUGCUUGCUCAGAGCUAGGCGUUCUUCAGCAGACGAGGUGCUUCCAUGGUUUUGUGAUCAAGGGUGGGUUAGGCGAUGAUUCGUUUGUCUCUGCUUCGCUCGUGGAAUGCUAUGCGAAAUGCGGUAGUUUGGAAUGUGCUACCUCGAUUUUCGGGUGUGUAAAGGAUAGAGAUGUUGUUGUGUGGAGCUCUAUGCUAGCAGCAUUUGGGAUUCAUGGGAAAGGAAGGGAGGCGUUGGCUUUGUUCGAUGAGAUGGUGAAGAAUUCGGGUGUUAGGCCGAAUGAGGUGUCGUUCGUCUCCAUUCUGUCGGCUUGUAGUCAUGCUGGUUUAGUUCGAGAGGGCAUUGAGAUGUUCGAUUUGAUGGUGAAUGGCUACAAACUAGCACCAAACUCGAAGCAUUAUGGGAUAGUGGUCGACCUCCUUGGCCGCGUGGGGGAGGUAGAGAAAGCCAUGGGAUUCGUCAAUGGGAUGGCGGAUGGUGGUGAUCCGAGCGUGUGGGGUGCGUUGCUUGGCUCGUGUAGAGUUCAUCGGGACAACGAGAUAGCAGAGAUUGCGGGGAGGAAACUGGUUGAGUUGGAUGGUUGUGAUGCUGGUUAUUAUGUUUUGUUGUCGAAUGUGUAUGCCGUUGAUGAGAAGUGGAGAGAAGUUGCUCGGGUUCGAGGAUUGGUCGAGAAGAAGAAGAAGAAGAAGAAGAAGAUGAAGAAGGUGUCGGGUAGAAUCGUGGUUGUAGUAGGAGAUCAAGUGUGUAGUUUUGUAGCAAAUGAUAGAUAUUGUCAACAAUCCAACCAUAUCUUUGAUUUGUAAGUGUAGAGUGUAGCUUCUUCUUUUUCUAGAUUGUUUUGUAGGAAUGUAACAAGUGCAAACUCUAAAUAUCGUACAAACUCUAAACUAUAAUCUAGACCGUUAGAAAAU